AUGAAACGCAACAAAAUAACUCUCAGCGAAGCAGCGAAGUCGGUUCUAGUCAAAGGAAAAAAUUUUACGAUUAGUCCGAAAACAAUACCUACGGAAGAAAUCAUAGCCUACGUGGAGGGAUCGCUCCGACAACUAAAUCCGCCUGAAGCCGAGGAAGUACGACAAGACGUCUGCAAAAUACUAAGGAAAGCUAAAAUUCCAAAAAGCAACAUCUCAAAAGAAGAACGUGCAGCACUUCGGGAAUUACGAGCAAUGAAAGAGAUAAAAAUAGUUCCAGUUUACAAAGGAAACUCGACAGUUAUCAUGGAUACAAUGGAAUAUGAGAAUAAGCUGAGGAGUUUGUUAACAUCAGACACGAGAUAUUGCCACGAAAUCCAACAUCAGUAA